AUGAUCCAGAUCAAUAUGGCCGUUCGCCAAACAGGCUUCCACCUGAGCGCCGCGGUGAUCCCGCCGCACUCUGGCGCCACUGCCAACAACGUGCUGAACGCGGCGCUGCAGACGGUGUUCAACGUGGCCGUCACCUUCGACCGCUGCCGCAUCACCUCCUGCAGCUGCACCUGCCGUCGCGCCUCCCCCAGCGCCAGCACGACCUGGUGCGCCCACGUCGUCGCCGUCUGUCUGCAGCGCAUCCACCAGCCCCAUUCAGCCAUGCUGCGCGCCUCUCUCUCCGAGUCCCUCGAGCGUCUCAGUCUGUACCAGCUGCGCAAGUUUGCCCAGUACUUCAUCAGUGAGCUCCCUCGGCAGGUUCUGCCGACGGCGCAGCAGCUGCUGGACCAGCUGCUGAUCAGCGCCUCCAGCAUCAACGGCACGCACGGCGCCCCCGACCCCACCGCCGGGCCCUCGGCGCACGACCACAGCAGCUGGUGCCUCAACGAGGACGGCCUGCACGAGAACAUCCGCAACCUGCUCGUCAAGUUCUGCGUGCCCACGCCCCUCGUCUGCAGCGACGUCAACUUCCUCUCCACCUACGCGCCGCCGGCCGCCUCCGAGUGGAGCAACCUCCUCAAGCAGUUCCGCGGCCGCGAGCCGGAAGGCAUGUGGAACCUGCUCUCCAUCAUCCGCGAGAUGUUCCGCCGCGGCGACAACAACGCCGUCCCGCUCACCAUCGUCACCGAGGAGUGUCUGGCCUGCGAGCAGGUGGUGCUACAACGCCAGGCUUGGACCGUCUGGUGAUCCCUUUGGAGUUGCGCCUGUGUUUGCUGGGAGAGGAUGUGCCCUGCGCGGUGGCUGAAGAGGGCGGUCGCGUCACAAUUACCAUUCCGUUCGAUAUAAAUCAACA